UCCCCAAAACCCCUCCAAACCACCCCAAAACCCACCUCCAACCCCCCAAACCCUCCCAAACCCCCCCAAAACCCACUCCCCGGGGGGUCGCUGGGUCCCUGCCAUGCUGGGGCCAUGUCGUCCUCCCCUCCUCCCCCCGAGUGCCAGGCGGAGGUGACCCCCUCCCCGGGUGGGGGUUCGGGUUCCUUCAGCUACAGCCUGGAGGAGGAGCACCCCAAGGCCGCCUUGGCCAUCAUGAACCAACUCCGCUUGGAACGUCAACUCUGCGACGUCACCCUCCGCGUCCGUUACCGUCGGGAUGUCCCCCCCAGGGACUUCCCGGCCCAUAAAGUGGUUUUGGCGGCCACCAGCCCCGUCUUCAAGGCCAUGUUCACCGCCGGCUUGAAGGAAGGAGGGAUGGAGGUGGUCCCCAUCGAAGGGGUGCACCCCAAAGUGAUGGAGCGCCUCUUGGAGUUCGCCUACACGGCUUCCAUCGCCGUCGGGGAGAGGUGCGUCCUCCCCGUCAUGAACGGGGCCGUCAUGUACCAGAUGGACAGCGUGGUCCGCGCCUGCUCCCACUUCUUGGUCCAGCAGCUCCAUCCUUCCAACGCCAUCGGCAUCGCCCACUUCGCCGAGGAGAUCGGCUGCUUGGAGCUCCAGCAGAAAGCCCGGGAGUACAUCUACAUGCACUUCGCCGAGGUGUCGAAGCAGGAGGAGUUCUUCAGCCUGUCGCCGUGCCAGCUGGUGGCCCUGGUGGGCCGGGACGAGCUGAACGUGCGCUGCGAGUCGGAGGUUUUCCACGCCUGCAUCAACUGGGUGAAGCGAGAUUCGGGGGCCCGUCGCCCCUUCGUCCCCGCUCUCCUCCGCGCCGUCCGCUGCCACGCUCUCACCCCCCAUUUCCUCCAAACCCAGCUCCAAAAAUGCGAAAUCCUCCGCUCAGACACCCCUUCCAAGGACUACCUCGCCCAAAUUUUCCAAGACCUCACCCUCCACAAACCCACGGCCCAACCUUUCCCCUGCCGCACCCCCAAAGUCGCCCAACUCAUCUACGCCGCCGGGGGUUAUUUUCGCCAAUCUUUGAGUUUUUUAGAAGCUUUUAACCCCCAGGACGGGUCGUGGCUGCGUUUGGCCGAUCUCCAGGUCCCCCGCAGCGGGUUGGGGGGUUGUGCCGUGGGGGGGUUGUUUUACGCCGUGGGGGGAAGGAAUAAUUCCCCCGAAGGGAACACGGACUCGGCCGCCCUGGAUUGUUACAAC